GUGUCUCCGGAGGAGGGAAAGAUCAGUGUCGUUACCACCAGCAACAUCCUGGCCGACUGGGUCAGGGCCGUUGGCGGGAACCGCGUUGACGUGUUCUCGCUGCUGCCGGCCAACGCCGACCCGCACACCUACCAGCCAGGGGCGCAGGACAUCGCUCGCAUUGCCGACGCCGACCUGGUAUUCAGCAUCGGACUGCAGCUCGAGGGCGGCUGGCUGGAAGAGCUGAUCGAGAACGCCGCCCGCGACCACGACUCCAUCGUGGCGGUGGGGGACGUCGUAGACCCCAUUGACUUUGUCGAACUAAUUGAUGAACACGGCGGGGAGGGUGCCGAAGACCUGGUGGGCCGCCUGCUCAUCGGCGACGGCGAGACGGGCAUGAUGUCGGUCAUCGACCUGGAGCACGGGGACGUGGACCAGGACGCUUUCGACCUCGGCUCCCGGGCGGGACGCAUCUACGCCACCAAGAACGGACGCUUCGCCAUCGCGGUCUCCAGCGACGCCAACACGGCCCACGUCCUUGACGGCGGCAUCUACCUGGAGGCCCACGGUGACCACUUCGACGAAGUGGAAGGACCGGUCGAGCGCAUGGGCAUCGACCUGUCCGGAGACCGCCCGGUGCACCUGUACGUCGGCUCCGAAUGGGCCUCCGUCUUCUACGACGGCUCCGGGGAUGUCGUGCUGCUCAACGAGCACGAACUGGAGGAAGAGGGCGACGACUACGUUCCUCCGAAGCUCAACGCCGGUGCCCAUCACGGCGCGGCGGUCCCUCUGGAGGGUGACCUGUUCGCCGUAAGUGCCCAACACCCGGACUACGCGUCAAAUCCGGCAGACUACCGACUCCCCGUCGGCGCCGAAAUAGUCGACCUCGACGGAAACGUGCUGCACCGCGACGAGGGCUGCGAGGGACUGCACGGCGACGCCGGUAACGGCCACAUGGCAGCCUUCGGAUGCAUGGGCGGCGUGUUGGUAGUCGAGGCCCAUGACGGCAACUACGAGGGUAUGUUCAUCGAUGCUCCUGCCGGGUCAGCGGAUGACUUCCGUAUCACAUCGCAGUUCAUCGCCGCAUCUGAAGACGGGCCCACGCCCAUCAACGUCGCCAUCAGCCACGACGGCGAGGCGCUGCUGGUCGUGAUGAGCGACGGCGAGCUGCGGAUGUACGACGCCCACGACCUCGACCUGUUGGCCUCGGCGGAUGAUUUCCUGACCACGCCCGUGGAGGCCGGCUUCUGGGCCCGCCCCCAUGUGGUCACCGCCCCGGGCGCGGUGUUCAUCACCGACUCCGUCGGCGGCGAGGUGAUGCAGUUGGACGACCACGACCUGGAGGUCGUGAAUCACUGGGAAGUUGACGGCAACCCCACCAAGAUCGCCUUCGUCGGAAUCUACGGCGAGACUGAUGACCUCGAGGAACAUGGCCACGAGGAAGAGCACAUGGAAGAAGGGGAAGAGGAGCACGCCCACGGUUCUCUCGACCCCCAUUUCUGGUUCGACCCUCUGCGGGUGAAGCAGGCGGUCGACGGAAUUGCAGCCCGGCUCUCCGCAGUUGACUCCGCUGGGCAGACUUACUAUCUCGACAACGCCGCCGCUUACAACCGGGAACUGGACGACCUGCACGCCUGGAUCGAGGGACAGGUCGCGGUGCUGCCGAAGACCACCGGGUGCUGGUCACCUCCCACGACAGCUUCCAGUACUUCGCCCAGCGGUACGGUUUCGAGGUGGCGGGGCCAUAUUCCCGGUUACCACCGAGGCGAGCCCACGGCCCAGGACCUGGCAAUGCUGAUCGAGACCAUCGAGCACGAGGGCGUACACGCCGUGUUUACCGAGAGAUCCCACAGCCAACGGCUGGCCCAGCGUGUUGCCGAGGAGACCGGCGCUGAGAUCGUCGGCGGCCUGUACACCGGGUCCCUGGGCGACGAGAGCAGCGGGGCAGGGACUUACCUGGACCUGAUUAGGCACAACACCACAAUAAUAGUGGAGGCGCUGAGAUAG